AUGACCCCUACGCCUCGCUCAUCUGUUACCGCUCUUGAUACAACGCUACGGUCCUAUUCACCUCAAAUUCGUUCCGUCUCUCUGGAACAAGAAAUCGCCGUUGACGAACAUAGGAUCGAGAAAUAUGGCGCUAAUGACCCGCAAGAACCCAAGCCCAAGAACGACUCUUCAAUAUUUGACACGACACCUCCCGACCCUAACAUGGUGACCUGGACGGACGCGAACGACCAACUUAAUCCGCAGAACUGGAGCGAGAAAAAGAAAUGGACCAUCACGGGCCUUUGCAUUCUUCUCGCCCUUAAUGUCACUUUUUCAUCAUCGGCGCCAACUUCAGCUACUUCCGAUAUAAUAGCUGCUUUCGACAUUAACACCGAGACAGCAUAUGCUCUUGUAACUGUUUUCCUGUUGGGUUAUGUCGUAGGACCGGUGCUCUGGGGUCCAGGAAGCGAACUCUACGGUCGACGGCCUGUCAUGUUAGGCACAAUGACAGCUUACACCCUGUUCCAUCUUGGUCAGGCCCUGGCUCAGAACAUUCAAACAUUGAUGAUCUGUCGCUUCUUUGGAGGCUUCUUUGCCGUGGGUCCGCUAACAGUUAACGGAGGUAUUAUUGCGGAUGUAUGGCCGGCACUUGGUCGAGGUCCUGCAACCAGUUUGUUCUCUGCGAGCGUUUUCAUGGGACCAGUCCUUGGGCCCAUCGUCGGUGGAUUCAUCGCUACAAGUCCAGUUUCGUGGAGAUGGAUUUUCUGGGUCAUGAUGAUGUUUGCCGGGCUUUGUACAAUUUUGGGAUUUCUGUUCCUCCCGGAAACUUACGCGCCGGUUCUUCUCCUGAAGAGGGCCCAAAUUUUGAGGAAGGACAACCCUGAGAAGAAUGCGGAUCUGUAUGCUGAACAUGAGAAGCAAGAUUGGUCCGUCAGAGGGGUCCUCCAUCGAACCUUGUAUCGGCCUUUCCAGAUGCUUCUGAUGGAGCCCAUCCUCGUUCUUGUAACCGUUUACCUUUCCAUUGUGUAUGGCGUCCUAUACGCUCUAUUUGAAGCAAUCCCUGUCAUCUUUGUCGAGACCCGUGGCUUCACGAUCUGGCAGAACGGUCUCAUCUUCAUUGGUGUUGGUAUUGGUACCUCGUUGGGCUCCAUCAUCAACCACCUUUGCUCUCGUCAUUAUCCUGAGCUCGUCCCUAGGUGGAAGGGCUUCCCACCUCCUGAAGAACGUCUGUAUGGUGCUAUGAUUGCGGGUCCUUGUCUCGUUAUCGGAGCCUUCUGGUUGGGAUGGACUGGUCAGUACGCAAGCAUUCCGUGGUACGUUCCGGCCAUCAGCACCAUCCUCAUCGGUGCCGGUAUCAACUUGAUUUUCAUGUCCUUCCUGAGCUACCUUGUCGAUACGUAUCUCAUGUAUGCGGCGUCUGCUUUUGCCGCGAAUACGAUCAUACGGUCGCUGGUGGCGGCUGCCUUCCCUCUUUUUACCGUCCAAAUGUACCAUAACCUGGGUAUUAAUUGGGCAUCAACGUUGAUCGCUUUGAUCGCAUUAGUCCUUGCGCCCAGUCCUUUCCUCUUCUACAAGUAUGGCGGGCAAAUCCGAAGUCGAAGUAAAUUUGCGCCGUGCAUUGAUCUCAAGAUAGCGAAACAACUAGAGAUUGAGGAUCAACGAGGCGCCAAGGCUGUAUAA